UGUGAGGAACGGCGCAGCCAGCUCUCGGAAAGGUGGUGUUGAAAUCUUUGCGAAAAUACAAAUUGCCCGUCGUGCCCGUGAACAGUCGAGCUCGUGCCGCAUCGAUAAAGCAGUUUUACAAACAUUAUUACGCAGGUGGUGGUGGUGACGGCUGUUCUUAAGGCGCAACACGAGGGGCGUGUGUGGCUGGCGUUGUGACAAACCCCCAUUUGCAGGUCAACCGCCCAGCAGAGUGGUUGGAGUGUGUACGUGUUUUUUUUUUAUAGCAAAUUCAGGUUGUGAUAUUUGGGAAAGUGCAGCAAAAUAAGAUUUAGUGGUGGUGCAUGUAAGAAAAGGAAAAAAUAAUAAUACGCGCACACACACACGUAUGCUCAAACAUCCAAUGUGUACCGAGUGAAGUGGGAAACAAAAACAACGGAGCAGUGUGUGACGUAGUAGUUGAAAACAAAGAGUGCCGUGUAGCAGUGUAUCGGGCAGCCAAACGCACCCGCAGCGCUCGAUCGUAGUAAACACAGGAGCGCGACGCGAAACAAACCUAUCAACGAGUGCGUGCUUAGUUGUGUGUGUGUUGCUGUGUGUGUACUUAAGCACAAAUUAAGGCAUCAUCAUCAUCAUAGCUGUUAAGCUACGAUAAGGCCAACAUGCUGGGACGGGUGCGGCUCAAAGAGAACGGCAUCAUGGACGAGGAGCUGCCGACGCUGAUGGAGCUGUCGAUCCGCUUCAUGGCGAAGAAUCUCCACGUCAUUUGCAACACCGAUCCGGUCACGCAUCAGCUGGAGCUGAAGGACGAUGUGGUCGUGCCGAACGAAAUUUGCGACAGAUUCCUCCGCUACCAGCAGGAUUGCGGGCAGGACAUCAACGAUCGCUUCAUCCAGAUAUUCCGCGACACGGAGAAGACGCCGCUGCGCCAUGUCAGCCUGCGCAACAGCACGAUCACGAACGAGGGCAUGCGCAUACUGCUGCGGCACCAGCUGAACUCGCUGUCGAUGUGGUACUGCAACAAGAUCACGACCGCGUCCUGGAACAUCCUGAUCGAGCACUGCCGGCAGCUGCGGUCGCUCGAGCUCGGCCGGUUCGUCGACAUGCUGAAGCACAGCGAGCCGAACGAGAAGACGCCGAUCGACUUCCAGCUGCUGCUGCCCCGGCUGCAGCGCCUGAAGCUGAACGGGGUGGUGCUGCAGCCGACGAUCCAGUUCAGCCACCUGACCGAGCUGAGCCACCUCGACCUGACCGCGUGCAUCUUUGCCGAGUUCAGCCUGAAGGCGCUGGUCGACCUGCCGAACCUGCGGACGCUCAUCCUGUUCAACGUUUGGCCGCUCGAGCACGAGUUUCCCACGCUGUGCAAGCUGAAGAAUCUCGAAACGCUCGACCUGUCCGUGUCGCGGGCGAACGUCGACGGCAACUAUCUAACGCCUAACAAAUUGCUAGCAAAUUUAGUUGAGAAUCUACCAAAACUGCGGCACCUCGACAUCUCUGGAACGAAUCUGGCCGGCGAUGGGGUAGCCGAACGGGCCGGCUCGUGCACCGGCAGCAGCUCGGACAUCCCGGGCCUGGUGAGCCGCGUGGACCGGCCGCUAGACUUUCUCGGCAUCUACUACACCUCCCAUUCGGCGUGCAAAUGGCACGACAUCCCGGCGCUAAGGAUCGCGGGUGAAGCAACGGAGGAGCAGAUACUGGUGGCGGCCGUCGCCUACCAGGACCGGCACGAGCUGCUGACGAAGGUACUGAACGACCUGUACCAUCUGCUGCGGUUCGAGACGUGCAAACAGAUACACAAGGCGCUGGAUGUCGUGCUGUCCGCGAUGGACAAGCACAUACGCGUGAAGAACAUUCAGAUCAGUGGCAGUGCCACCCUGUUCUACAUCGUGAAGGGAAGGGAAAAGAUGAAGUUUGGCGUGCCGCUGAAAAACCACAUCAUCCACACGCUGCUGAACGGGAUGUCCACGCACCUGACGGACGAUACGAUGAUGCGGAAUGGCUGCCUAACGCUGUGCCAGUUCAACAUACCGCUCGACGUGAUGUUUGAGUACGAGCGGUUGGUUCAAAUUUUGCUACACGGCGUAUCGUACCGCGAGCAGGAAGGGUUCGUGCAGCGCAUCGCCAUCUAUCUGCUGAACUCGCUCGCCUGCCAGGUGGACGGCAGCCAGAAGCUGUUUCUGGGCGAUCUAGGUGCUAUAUCGACGAUGUUGAACUUGAUCAACGAUCGAUUGUCGAGGCGCGUCUUUGACGACGUGAUGGAAGUCGCCUGGUCGACGAUGUGGAAUGUGACCGACGAGACGGCCAAGAACUGCGAGCGGUUUCUGGACGGGCGCGGCAUGGAAUAUUUCCUCGGCUGUCUAAAGCUAUUCCCCGAUCGGGACGACCUGUUGCGCAACAUGAUGGGUCUGCUGGGCAAUGUGGCGGAGGUGAAGGAGCUGCGGCCACGCCUGAUGACGACCGAGUUCAUAACCGAGUUUUCCGAUCUGCUCGACUCGUCCAGCGACGGUAUUGAGGUUAGUUACAAUGCCGCCGGUGUGCUGGCCCACAUCGCCUCGGACGGGGCGGACGCCUGGACCAUCGCGCGACCGACCCGGUACAGCGUGCUGGUGCGCAUGGUGGAAGCGAUCGAGCGGUGGGAUCUGUCGGCGGAGCGGAACAUCAACUAUCGCAGCUUCGAGCCGAUCCUCGGGUUGAUUCGCUGCUACCAUACGCCCCAGUGUCAGCAUUGGGCCGUCUGGGCGCUGGCGAAUCUAACCAAAGUCUACCCAACCAAGUACUGCAGGGUGGUGGAGCAGGAGCACGGUGUUGAGCUGCUGCAGGAGCUGAUCGAUCAUCCGCAGCCGUACCCGCGGCUCAAGGAGCUGGCCCAGAUAGUGCUGACGCACUGUCGCAAUCUGAGCGAGCCGAUGACCGGUUCCGCGACCGACGGCAGCACCAACACGACCGACCCGAACGUGAUGGAGCUGGACGGUUAAUGGAAUCGUUCGGGUUGUAUGUUUGUUGCCCCAGCCCCCCCUCCCAAAAAAACAAAAAAAACACCCCACUUUACAGCAGAGCCAACCAUCGGAGGAGCAAAGCGCUAUAGGGCACCUAGUGUAGCAUCAGAAGUGAUAUGUUAGAGAGCGUGUAAAGGCAUGCAAAAGCAGCAGCGGCAGCAGCAGGUUUGGGGCUUGUAUUUGUUGUGGCCCUUGUGGUCUCAGAACUCCUUUAGAAGUUGUGCGACACCGUCGGAAGGUUAAAGCGGAGGUUGACUAUUUAGGCAGUUACAGUCUGGAAGCGAAAUAAAAAUGUCAGUUACCCCACCCGUGAAGAAGGCAAUGGGAGUGUGGCUGCUGGGGUUGGAUGAUGACGGUUGCCCAGGGCAACCGGAAAUGCAACGCACAGCACUCGUUACACAGUCGCUUGAGCGGUGGUAGGCUUUUCUUGUGUGUGUGUAGCGCGCCUUCGGUUUUUGGCGGGUUUUGCUGGGCCCUUCGUUUAGUGAGCCCGAUUUCUUUUCCCACAGCUGAUUGGGAGGAUUGCAGUGGUACAAAAGGGCAAAAGGCCAUCAGCAGCGUGCUGUGUGGGUGUGUGUGGGGGGGGGGGGGGCUCAGGUUAAUUGUAUAGGAGAGGGGAGGCGAUUUUCCAUCCCGCGCAGUGUGGCCGCCACCACGGCUUCCGCUUUUGUUUUUGGUGUAGAAUUGAUGCUUGAUUAUGGUUUUCGAUACGAUUUUCCCUCUCCCUCUCCCCUUUUUUUCGCGUGUACAUAGUGUAUGUGUGUGUGUGUGUGUGUGUGUGUGUGUGAAGGAGUUUAGUAUACAACGUGUGUGGGUUAAGCGGGAAAGAGUUGAAACAGUGUGCGAACGCGUCGCCGCUUGUACCGAGUGUGCGUCAGUGUGUCUGAGAUUGUAAAGGCAGUGCAGGGAGAGAGAGAGAGCGGGCUAGUGGAGAGGACAGGCAGGAAGAAAAAACACAACAACCGUGUUAAAGGUGAUAUAGUCGAAUAUCGAAUGCGGAAAAUAGUGCGAAAGGAUGCAAAAGGCUUUAGCGGGAUAUGUGAUGGAAAUACAGUAAAAAAAGCACGUGUUUUUGCAAUGUUUGUCGCUUGCGGGACAGACACCAGCACAACACCACCUAGAUAGAGAGAGCAUUCUUGGUUUUUUUCCCCCGUCCGGUUACGUUUUUUGUUUGUUGAUUUUGUUUAGCUGCUUGCUCUGCUUGCGGGAUUUGUUGUGUGUGCGCGUCAUCUUUUCGCGCACAAAUCGUGCUUUCAGUCCAACUAACAAAAGCGCUACAGGCAUUGUAUGUGUAGUAUAUAGGCAAGCAGAUGAUAUUAUGUAUUUUAAAGUAUGGUACUUCGAGCCGAUCUUAGUUCACUUUCUCUCUAUUAAGAUCGGUUUGCGUUGUUUUGCGUUGACAGAGCAGUGUAUAGGGGUGGGUUUUGGAUCGUUCGCGUCAUCGUCAAGGUGUGACGUUCGUGCUGCCGUAGCCGAACGCCUGACGAGCAGUAGCAGUAGGCUCUGCUGAUUGCGUUGCAGUGUACAGCGUUACGUAACUUUGUCACUGCCACGCAUUUCACAGGCGGAGUGGAACUAACGAAACUAGCUCACCCACAAUCCAAAGUGUUUACAGCGCUUCUAGCGCAAGCCAGUUGCAAAAGGUUGGUUAUUUAGUGAUUCUAGUAGGACCGGCAUCAUCGGGCCACCCAGCACCGCUGGUGUCCGGGGACGGUGCGGGAUGAUGAAAGCAACGUGAAGUUUACUCUAAAGCAAAACGCCUGUUAAAAAAAGCCGGAAAAGAUCGCAUAAGAUAAUGGAACGAAAAACAGCAACAGCAACAACAACAAUAAAAAUAUUAAGAACAUUUUUCGAAAUAACCGAAACCGAACCGAAAGGUGUGUUGUGUUGGUGGUGUUUGGAUGUGUGCAACGGAAAGAAGAGAAGACCACCACUGGAAGAGUAACAACGUGGUAGAGAAAUUUGGAGUUUUUUUUCAGUUUCGGGAUUCGAACCAGUAAGCGACUGAAGCGUGUGGCGAGCUAGUUGGAAUAAGUAAAAUGAUGUCCUGGCACCAGAAGAGAUCACGAAUCACAGCACGAUGAUAUUCAUCUGUUGUAAGAAAGAACUACCCAGAAGACGCAGUGCAGCACAAUAAAGAAAAUUGAAGCUCAAUAGCAGUUAGCCAAGACACAAACCAAAACGUUACGUUAAGUUGCGUUACGCUACGAGACGGGCCACUUGUAUACAAUCGAAUUGUACAAAACCGGUACACUACAACCGGUUGGACUAAUUCAAACUUCAAACAGCAGCAACAACGGCAACAGCCAAAACAACAAGCGGUGGUUUGAUUUCCUUAACUUUUUAUUUGCAAUUCAAUUCACUUUUAACUGUAGAAGCAAUACAUCGCGAAACCACGUUGCACGCACGUUUGUGCGGCACCAAACACACACACACACACACGCGGUGUCUUGGCCGUUAUUAGCCGUCGCUUUGAAAUGCACAUUUGCGUUCUGUCAAUACUAGGUCGUCUGCUGGAAGAGGAGCCCCGUUUAGUUUUUUUGCGUUUCGGAGGGAAGCAGAGUGGUGUGUGUGUGUGUGUGAUUGCUCCAAAAUGCACCUAAAUCAUCGUACAAAAUAAUUACAACUCUCUGAUAAUAGCAGCCUAGCAUUCUUGCCUAAUGCAUGCUUCUCCUACCCGCCUACUGUUGUGACCUUCUCUUCCUUAAAUUUGUUGUUAUGAUCGUGUGUGUUGGGUUUGCCUUCCCUUUUUUUGCUUUGCCAACUCCUCUCCUAACUUUUCCCUUUUACAGUACUACGUAUGCGUGUGUCUGCGUGUGCUAUCGAUAAUAAUAGUAGUAAUCAUUAUUAUUAUUAUUAUAUUAAAGUCAUUAAUAUCCUCUCACUAGUCGCUAGUAAGAAUAUCAUUAACAUUACAAAAAAAUGAAGAAGAUUAUUAGUGUCAACUUGCUCAAACUGGGGCUGUAGUAAAUUGUUCAUCUCUACUGUGAUUUUUCAAAAGGAGAGCUUGUGCGUUCUCUGCUCAUUAUUGUUGCGUUUUUAUCUCUUGCUGUAUCUAGCAGAAUAUGCAUUUUUAAUAUAUACUAUUAUUGUUUUCCUUUUCUUUUCUUUUAUUUUUUUACUGGCUUUAUCAUUCACUACUUUUUGCCAUGGGAAGUCGCUAAAA